GCCAGCUCGACGAGAAUGGGCACGUGGGCCGACAAGCGCCGCCGCGAGGAAGAGCUGUUCUUCGUCCAGCAACAUGAGGCCCCACCGUCGCUUCCUCGCGGCCACGUUUGGUUUCUCGUCGACGCCAAGUGGAUGGAGCGGUGGUGGUCGUACGUGACUACUCCAGACUGCCCAGCCCCUGGGCCUAUCGCGAAUGAAGUUUUGGUCGAGGAUGGGUGGCAGCUCCGCCUCAAUGGCGACGCGCCUGGCCAUGCAGACAAGCCGCUCUUGGCCUUGCACCUGGGCACUGACUACGUUUGCGUGACGGCGCUGGUAUGGUGCUUUUUGGCGGAGUUGCAUGGCUCCAGUGCACUUCCUCCAUUAGCUCGAUAUACGAAGGAUAUUUACGGCGAGCUAGUACCGAUGACGUCGCUCGAAAAGAUCAUGAAAGGCCCUCGUUUACAAGCUAAAGUGUUGGCAACGUCGUUCAACCAAUAUGCAAGUGAGAACACUUCGCCACACGCACGGACAUGCGACAAGAAAGCGCCGACGACUGGUGCCGACAGAAUUUGGCAAGUCUUGGCAUUGGUACCGCUGGAACUUUGGACGCAGCUGCAGUUUUGCACUCUCCUUCUCACGGACAUGGUCAUUCGUGCCCGUUUUGGUGCAUCGCAAUGGCAAGGAUCGGCGUGGACGACUAUCUGGAUCAGCGUUCCAACCCUCUUCGUUCAAUUUAUACUUUUGACGGUGGGCGUUCUCGGCGCCAACGCAACUGCCGCAGGAGCUCCGCAAGUUGUUGGAGUCUGGCUCCAGGCAGCGCUUGUGUUUGCACUGGUCGCCGCCGUGCCAGCCACACUGUGGUAUGCAUACCUCGCAGACUCCCUUUCGUGGAUUGCCAAAGACCAAGCUACGUUGGCGACUGCUCAAGAAUUUGCGUCGACGUUAGCCAUUGGUUUAUGGCCCCAGUUUGCCUUUACCGCGAUCGCGUCGGUGGUGGCUAGCCGAGGCAGCACUGCGCCCGUCAUAGUCGCCCACGUAGCAACUUGGCUCCUGAACGCUCUGCUCAACUUGGUACUCGUCGAUGGAUGGUAUGGUGUCCCCGCCUUGGGUGUCGCCGGGUCUGCCUGGGCGACGGUAACCAGCCAGUUUGUCCAGUGGAUUGUGUUCACGACGUGGGUUGUCUUCGUUUCAUCUCCAUCCUUCAACGAGAACUGGGGUGGGUGGACUAGAGAAUGCCUUUGCCGCCUUCAAACGUUUAUUGUGACCGCACUCUCAACCUCCGCCGUAUGGACUAGUACUGUGCCUUGGCUAGCCCUCGUCAUGGUCAUGAGCUUUGCGGAGACGACGACAUCCGUAGCCAGUGCCGCCGUGCAAGCCAUCUUCCUGUGUUUGCUUCAGUGCGGCCGACUGUGCGCCCAAGGAAUUGUGAACGUCGCCUUCAACGCCACGACCAAGGUCCGAAUUGCAGCCACCGUCAUCCUCGUCUUUGGGAUGGGCGCGCAUUGCGCAGGUGUUCGGUUCGGGGGAAUCCCGGUUUACCGCUACUUUUGGGGACCCGACGUCUCGAGCAUGAUGGCAUUCCAGUCGCUGCAGCCUGCGUAUUGUUGGGCGGUGGGGAUCCUCACGUGCUCGAGUACAAUGCAAGUGUGGCUCUUGGAUCGCUCAGACGACGCAUUUUUUCAACGCGUCGGGCAGAUUGGUGCGACGGCGGUCGUGUACGUACCUCUGGCAUAUGUGAUGAGUGUGCAGUGGCAGUGGGGGCUCGGAGGACUGUGGUGGGCGGUCGUGUGCAGCGAACUGUGGGUUAUCUUGGCGCUGUGCUGGGCCACGGUACGAGGCAAGAUUUGCACCCACGAGUGCGAAGAAACGCGAUCGCUGCUGCCUUCAACUGCCUCCACCAAGCCACCGUCACGAGACAGUCCUCAGUUUGUAAGCGUGUAGCUAAAAUAACACGAUGUGACGAUCUCAUUGUCCGCCAUAGGGUGAUGCGAGGGAUGGACAGAGAGGACGUGCAGGAGCGCUGGAGGUCGAAAACAUGUCCACGAACGCGGCGCCGACACCGACCAGUGAUGAAUUGGGCAAAUGGAUUGCCAGCGCCAACUUGCAACUGGAUUCAAUGGAGCAAGCGUCAUGGCGACCCUCAUGCUUGGAUUGGUUGCGGUGCUGGCGACGGCUUGGUGGUAUCGAGACAGUAGCGAUAUGCAACGGUGGAUCGCAUUCGUGGAUGCCAGGCGAGCGAGGUCACGAACAGAUUGGAGGGGGUGGGGAGUCAUUGCAACAGAAUACUUCGUUGUAUCGGCGCCUUCAGGAACAUGUGGAGCCAUCGAAUCAUGCCGCUCCGUUGAAGGAUUCUGCUGGUCUGGAUGCAAGUGGACUCUGUGGACUGUGUUGCAAGUCACAGCAAGGACGCAAAACUAGCCAACGUCGUGCUGGACAGCUUGGCAAUAUUCAGUCAAUGACGACGGAUCGAGGUGAUGACGUUCACGGCACAGGAUCAUGUUGUGGCUGCUGGAAGGGUUUUCCAACAUCCAAUUCAAGCGAUCAACGGAACCGACCGCUCCCUCCAGAGCACAGCCCGUCGUGUAGUAUGUGUGGCUUGCAGAUAUUGCUCUGCUGCGGACGCACAGUCGCGCGCCCGAGCAGCCGCGCUGAUGUGACGGCUGAACUGGCGAAUCUGUAUCGAAAAGACUAUCAAGUGAAGGCGCCAGCGACCAGUCCGAGUAAAGCGCGUGGUGGAAAGAGAUCAAACAAAGAUCCGUUGGAGUCGCGUCGGCGCCAAGUGGGGCCUUCCAGACAUGAAAGGGAUGCGACCUAUGGGACUUUGCAGUCAACAAGCGGACAGUCCACUCGCAUGUUCGCAUUGACCAACCAAGGCGAUCGCGACCAUUGCUUAUGCAGUGCUUUUUCGUGCUUGUCGUGCCUUGGGCCGAUGGCGAGCGACGGCAAGCCAAGGCAUACAGCAGGCAAUGAUGUUGCCAAGCGAGCUUCUCGGACACUUGGACCUCAAGAUUGUCGACAAGGCAAUCAAGUCACCGAAGGGCAUUUUAACACAACGGCUGAACAAGACGCAUGUGAAGGAAACUACUCACAACGCGCAAAGCACACCAUGCUGCCUUCAACCACAACUCACGGCACGCUUUCCACGCGCACAGGCAACAACGAUGUGCUUGCUCUGGCCAAGCCAUCGUGCUGGAAUUGGCUGUUGGCCAAUUGCUUAUCCAGUGACCGCAGUUCUACAGGCACAGUCGAUGAAGACGCUCGAGUUGCCGGCAACACCUUGGCACCUCACCAGAAAAUUGACUCGAAUGGAGACGGCGAAACGCGGGUGACAGGAACUAUAACGACGUCGCAAUCGGCAACGCACGAUUCGAUGACUUCCUCAAGCAAUCCAACCCAACCUACGUUGCCAACAAAAUCCUUGAGUCAUGUGAGAGUUCAAAGGUCCGGCAUUGCGUCAUCCCCACACACAAACUCGUCUACGAGUGGUUCAGACCGUCCAUUGGACGUUCGUAACCAAGAUCCAAACGAAGCAGGUGAAGCUCAGCACUACGAGAGGUCGACGAGUGGUAAUCGGUCGUCGCGUGGCGGAGCACCUUCCAGUACAGGCUCGACACACGAUGUUUUUCAACAAUUUGGCGGUAGCUCGGAGAUCACGAUGACUCCAGGGGAAUCUGCUUCAAAUUUUUCAAGAUCGACGGCAACAAAUGCUACAUCUCGUCAUACGUCGCACGAUGUGACGACGGAUGCUGACGCGUGCAAUGGUGGAGAAGUGGCAUCCAAGAAACAACUGGACUGCGAUGCCCAGGCAGCGUAUUUCGUCCAAGGAGGCAUGUCAAGUUCUAGUCUUUUACGGUCGACGUCUGCGUUUUCGU